AUGGAUUCAACCGCCCUCCAUCCUUCAACAGACUCCGGACAUCAGCCAUUAGUCAAUAACACUGAAAACACAAACGGGACCCCCACCGGCAAUGGCGAGGAUAACAAACCAAAGCAGAGAAGGGGCUCAAGGCAGAAUACCAACCAAUCCACUAGACCGUCUCUCACCCUGAACCGGGUGAAGACGACUUUAUUCGUUCCAGAGAGGAGCGUUGGACCCGCACCCACGAUUUUGGGGAGCAUCAAGUCGAUCGUUCUUGCCUCAUGGUUGAACGUGUUGUUGGUGUUCAUUCCAGUCUCGUGGGCCCUCAAUUUCGCACAACCGGACAAUCAUACCCUCAUUUUCGUCUUUGCUUUCCUCGCUAUAAUACCACUCGCCAAAUUACUCGCUGUCGCUACAGAUGAACUCUCAAUGCGAGUUGGCCAAACACUGGCUGGUCUCAUAAACGCCACACUGGGAAACGCAGUCGAACUAAUUGUUGCUAUCAUUGCUUUAACGAAAUGUGAACUGCAGAUUGUUCAAUCCUCAUUAAUCGGCUCCAUCCUUAGCAACCUUCUUCUCGUGCUUGGCAUGUGCUUCUUUGCAGGAGGGAUCAAAUAUUCUGAGCAAGGAUUCGGAGCAGUGGCCACUCAAUUGAAUUCUUCCCUUUUGACUAUCAGCGUUAUUGCAGUUCUGUUACCUGCAGCUUUCCAAAUGAAUGUCAACACACAGGGUUCAAAUAAUGAUAGCGAUGCAAGUCAGGACAUCUUGAAAAUGAGUCAUGGAGUUGCGCUACUUCAAUUACUUAUCUAUGUCGCCUAUCUCAUCUUUCAGCUCUACUCUCAUGCCACGCUAUACUUGUCUGAUAAAAACGAAUUCAAAUCAACGCGAUAUCAAUCACGGAGCAAGAAGAAACAUGUUGAAGAAGAAGCUGGAACAAUUCCAGAAUCUCUCAGCACUACUCGUCAGGGGACUAUGACUAGCACGACCUUGGCAGCAUCUGGUGAAUUGCCGCCCGCAGAGGUAGCGCCUACAGAAAAAUCAGCGGAAGAAGUGGAAGAAGUGGAGGAGCCUACGAUGAGCCUUUUCAUGGCCAUCGGAUUGUUGGCUGUGGUCACCGUUCUGGUUGCAGUAACCGCCGAAUGGCUUGUCGGUUCUAUCGAUGGACUGACAGAGGGUAGUCCUAUAACAAAAGAAUUCGUGGGCGUCAUUCUACUUCCAAUUGUCGGAAAUGCUGCAGAGCACGUUACAGCUGUAACUGUCUCUGUCAAGGACAAGCUAACGCUGAGUUUGGGAGUUGCCGUUGGAUCGAGUAUACAAAUUGCCCUUUUUGUUAUUCCGUUCAUCGUAAUCUUGGCAUGGAUCUUGGGAAAGCCACUUCCAUUACUCUUCGACCCUUAUGAAUCCAUAACGCUAUUCCUUGCCGUCAUUACGGUGAACUAUUGUGUUCAGGAUGGCAAAUCCAACUGGUUAGAAGGGUUGAUAUUGAUGUUUUUAUACCUGAUCAUCGGUGUUACUUUCUGGUUCUAUCCUGGACAAACGUUUCAAGAUCGUGGACUUGACUACUUUUGCAACGGCGUGCAAAUUUAA